AACAUACUUAUUUAUGUGAACACUAUGAUUGCAUGUUUUCGAUUUAAAAUCAUGUGUCACACAUAAACUGACUCAGUCAACGAUGAUAUAGAGCAUUGCCAGUCAGGCUUGAAAAUUACCAACUUUUAAGGAAGCUUUUCAGGUAUGAUGAACUGCUAACAGUUAAAUGAACAAAAAAAUCAAUUCCAUGAAAAAGAUGCCGACGAUGGACUUAAAAAAACUUAUUCAGCAGGUGCUCGCCGGAGUCCCCUGGCAGACGAAACUUCAACCCACACUUUCGGUUGAACACGUGCCGUACGUCCUGCACGAGCCCGCCAUACUUUCCGGGUAUCGUCUGCUACAUCGCCCAUGGAAGUACUAUCUCUUCAGUCUGUUUCAAUUCCACAACGAGACUGUCAACGUUUGGACACAUCUGAUUGGCUGUUUUAUAAUUCUUCACAAAAUGUAUGGCUACGUUAACGAAUUUACUUUCAAUGUCGACCACGUGCUGACCACGUUGCUGCUGUUCGGAACUACGUGUAUUGUCGGUCUGUUCACCAGUGCCAUGGUCCAUCUGCUACACUCAAAAUCCUGCUACAUUCACUUUGUAGCGUUCAUGACUGACUAUAUUGGAGCAACUAUUUGCAGCUUUGGUUCGGGCAUUUCCGGGAUCUAUGGAUCGAGUGACGAGGCAUUUUACCACGUGAUGGAACCGUUCUAUAUAACCUUGCUGUUUGUCUCCUCAUAUUUGAACUUCGUCAAUCUCUGUGUAGCAAAGCUUUGGUACGGACAUGAUCCCCACAACUUGAACAGGAAGUACAUGUUUAUAAUUGGUAUGGGCAUGCAGGCAACUAUAAAUGCUGCUCCAUUUCUUCCCAGAUAUUCCGAUUGUUUCUACGACGACCAAUGCUCAAUAGCGUCACUGAACUAUUUGACGGCAAUUCAGAUCAUCUUUGUCCUUGAAGCGCUCGCAUUUGCCGCUCACCAGCCCGAGAAAAAAUGGCCCGGGAAAUUCGACAUCGUUGGACAUGGACACCAGAUUUUCCACGUUUUAAUUGUCAUUAACCACGUGUUACAACUAGACUGCAUGUAUAAUGACCACGUGUCAGGAAUAAUUGAUCAUAGCAAACCUAACGGAAUGCUUGUGCUCGUCACCAUGGUGACCUUGUACGUGGCGAAAGGAAUUACAUUGUGGUAUCUGACCAGGCAGGUACCCGGAUGUCUCAGACGCGUGAAACGUGCUGUUGCUAAGGCGGAGCACGAGGCAGAAAGACUAGCACAUGAUUCAAAGAAGGAGUAAUCGUUCUUAUAAUGUUUUGUGGGCUUUGGUUAUUUAUUAUUGUACCGGUGUUAAUAUAAUCAAUAUUUAUUCAUCAUUUUAAACUCACAAAAAGGUUGUUUUUAAUAUAUACACAAAGACUGUAAUGCAUAUAUGUGUGCAUUUGUCGUUUUCAUAGUCUGAGAUGCACCCAACAAGUGUUUCUAUGUCAUAUCUAAGUAUUAUUAAUUAUGAAUAUUGUAUAAAUAGUCACA